UGCGCCAUCUUGUGGGCAUCAUCAGCCUAACAUAUGUUCGUACUGCGCCUGCGCUGUUGAUACAUCCGGCUGGUCCCUAUCAAUCGAUCAGAGAGAGGAAGAUGGCGGUGGAUGGAGAUCGUGGGGUAGGAUCGAUCACCGAAAAACUCGAUUGGGUUCGUUUCUCCUAAGUGAGUCAGAAACUACGUAACACCGCGUUGUCAAGCCUUGUUAACCUGGAGUGAGGAAGCGACGACAAGCAGCGAGCCUGUGCCAGCUAGUUUUGCACACUGUCCCCUGACCCUUCAGGAUAAUGGAGUUCCCGUGGCACAGUGCAGAGGUUCUGGAGCAGCUGAACCGGCAGCGUAAGCAGGGCUUGCUGUGUGACUGCACCUUCGUUGUGGAUGGGGUGGACUUUAAGGCCCACAAAGCUGUGCUGGCAGCCUGCAGUGUUUACUUCCGCACCCUCUUUCUGGAUCAAAAGGAUGUGGUGCACCUGGACAUCAGUAAUGCAGCAGGUUUGGGUCAAGUACUGGAUUUUAUGUACACCGCAAAGCUGAGUCUAAAUUCACAGAAUGUGGAAGAUGUGCUGUCUGUUGCCCACUUUCUUCAGAUGCAAGAGAUCAUAAAUGCAUGCUCUGCAUACCAGUCAAUGUCCAAUUCCUCCAUAGCGCUGGAUUUUGCAGUUGCAGAUGAAAAAACAGGUGAAAAACAGCAGAAAGAAGAUGCUGAAAAUCACCCGUCAGAGGCGGCAGCUCCGGUGGAGGAAAGUCCUCAAACCGAUUCCACAGAAGACGACGAGACGCCACAGAGUGAGGACGGUGCUAACAAAGACGCUCCUGACGACACAGAGCAGACGGUUUCUCAGCCCAACCCCACCAGGGCGCACACGGGCCGGGGACGGCCCCCUAAAAGCACUCAGCAGAAGAUGUCUCUGAAGAAGGAGUCUGAAGGUGCAGCAUGCAGCGCGCCCGGCUUUCAGGACGACCCCGCUGACGCCGACUACACGCCCAAGUCACAUCUUAAAUCUUCAGGCAGCUCUUCUUACACGAGCUCAAGAGGGAGAAGGAUCCGAAAACCUCCCAGACGAAACUUCCCACAGGAAAACGAUUCAGAUGAGGAAGGUUCCUUUAAGGCAAAAAUCGAAAAGAAGGCAGAGACGCACAAAGUGGAAGAGGAACAGGGAGAGAACUCCAGGGAGGCUUGUGACACAGAUGCUGGUGAUGAAGAUGUGUUUGACGAAGAGGACGAGGAUGAGAUGGACCAUUCAGAGGACGGACUGAGCGAGAAAGACGGAAAAGCCCUGUCAGCGUCUAUGAGCGGCCGGUCUGAAUCGAAGCCUUACAGCUCUGUGACCCACAAAUGUGAGGACUGUGGGAAGAAAUUUACCCACACGGGUAAUUUCAAGAGACACAUGCGUAUUCACACUGGAGAAAAGCCGUUCAGCUGCCGAGACUGCAACAAGGCCUUUUCUGACCCAGCAGCUUGUAAAGCCCAUGAGAAAACACACAGUCCUCUGAAGCCGUACUGCUGCUCUACCUGUGGAAAGAGCUACCGCCAGAUCAGCCUGCUCAAUCUGCACCGCAAACGCCACACCGGCGAGGCGCGUUACAGCUGCGAGGUGUGUGGCAAGCUCUUCACCACAUCUGGGAACCUGAAACGCCACCAGCUGGUGCACAGCGGCGAGAAGCCGUACCACUGCGACUACUGCAACAAGGCCUUCUCAGACCCCACGGCCAAGAUGCGUCACCUGGAGACGCACGACACAGAGAAGGGCAACAAGUGUCCGCACUGCGACAAGCGCUUCAACCAGGUGGGGAACCUGAAGGCACACUUAAAAAUUCAUAUCACAGAUGGGCCCCUCAAGUGCAAGGAAUGUGGCAAACAGUUUACCACUUCAGGAAAUCUAAAGAGACACCUGCGGGUUCACAGCGGGGAGAAACCGUACGUCUGCGCCCACUGCCAGAGAGCUUUCAGUGACCCCGGAGCUCUGCAGCGGCACGAGCGCAUCCACACAGGAGAGAAGCCCUGUGUGUGUCUGGUCUGCGGGAAGGCUUUCACCCAGGCCAGCUCCCUCAUUGCUCACGUUCGCCAGCACACUGGAGAGAAGCCCUAUGUCUGUGAUCGCUGUGGCAAAAGAUUUGUGCAGUCCAGCCAACUGGCCAAUCACAUACGCCAUCACGACAACGUGCGCCCACACAAAUGUCAGAUGUGCAACAAGGCUUUUGUCAAUGUGGGAGACCUGUCGAAGCACAUCAUCAUUCACACAGGGGAGAAGCCUUUCCUGUGUGACAAAUGCGGUCGAGGUUUCAACCGCGUGGACAACCUUCGCUCCCACGUCAAGACGGUCCACCAGGGCAAGGCCGGCAUGAAGCGGCUGAUAGUGGCCGGUGGCUCGGUGGUGGAGGACAGUGACGGGUGCGCGGGGACAUCAACCUCUGACGGCGAGAUCAAGAUUGUUACGGUCACCACCGAGGACAUCGUCACCCUGGCAACAGAGGCCCUGGCGGCCAGUGCUGUCGCUCAGCUCACAGUUGUUCCAGUGGCCACUUCAGUGUCUUCAGAUGAAACCGAGGCUUUGAAAGCUGAAAUCACCAAAGCAGUCGAGAAAGUGCAAGAAGCAGACCCCAACACCCAGAUCUUGUAUGCCUGUGAUUCAUGCGGAGAUAAAUUCUUGGACGCCAGCUCCCUGGCUCAGCACGUUCGCAUCCACACAGCUCAAGCCUUGGUCAUGUUUCAGGCAGAUUCUGACUUCUACCAGUACACAGCAGCCACCACCAGUGAGGGAGACACUGCUGCCACAUGGCAACCCACAACCGAGCAGGUCAUUCAGGAGGGAGAUCUAAUCUUCCGCACAGAAGAUGGAGAGAGAAAAUCCGAAGAAGAGGUUGACGGAGAGACACAAGGAGCAGAGGGAGAGACACAAGCAGCACAGGGGUCAGAGGGAGUGAUUUGCGCAGAGGAGGGAAUGGAGGAAGGACAGGGAGAAUCUCAUGCUGAUCAAGAGAGAGAUGGAGAAAAAACAGAGGAGGAAAAAGAAGUAAACAUGGAAUGUGAGAGUCAGGCGUAGUGGGGCAGAUUUAUUCAUGUGAUAAACGUCACCUGUGACAGAAAUCUAACCUAUGCAGCGAGAUAAUACGAGAUAAUAAGCGUGCUAGUGGUCUGUUUGCUGCACCUUUCUGUUAAAAACAAGUGUUAACUGGAUUCAUAACAUACACCCUUAGAAUAAUGUUAUUCUUAAGAUUUAUUGUUCUUAAAUCAUGUAUCUUCUGUCCCAUUGACUGCACAACAACAUCCAGUGAUGACGAUACUGAAGUGUAUAGUUUGUUUAUUUUUAGAGUGAAAUAUAAAACUAUGCUUUGUCCUUCAUGUAAAGCAUUUAGAUUUAGUCUUACCUAAAUCCUGUCCAAUAUAAUUGAGAGAAAAACUCCUAUUUUUCCAUUUCACUGGUCAAAUAAGUACAUUUUCCCAAAACAGUCAGUUUUCUUAAACGUAUUGAGUGCAGAUUAGCUACAGGAAGAUGUAAGUGUAGCCUCUAGAAAUGUAGGUAAGACAUUUCAGUCGAUAUAAAUUGUAUAUUUUUGUUCUUUGGUAAAUAUCACAGAUCUUAUGUAUAUAUAUAUUUGUAUAUAUAUAAAAAUAUAUUUGUCAUUAAGUUUCAAUACAUCUUUUAAAGAUGAAUAGUUGACAGUGGCAAAAGAUUCUUGGUCACAUAUUGAUUUGAUCCACAUUGUAUAAUACAGUUUAGUUUGUGUAUUAUUCCUAUUUAUAUUAUGAUCUGCAAAAAGCUUCCUUAAGUUUCUGUAAACUUGCAUAUUCUCCCCAUGUUCUCCUGAAAAACUCAUUAAAAAUCCUGGUUGUCA